AUGAGGAGAGAGAAGAAUCUCUCCAAAUUGGAGGAAAAAGAGAGAGAAAAUGGACCAUAUAAAAUGAUUCUGUGGAGACCCGCAGCUGUCAGCGACGGCGACGAUUCCAAAAAUGUGAAGUGUUUCACCGACAUUAUUUACGAGAAAGCCGCCGGUGAAGGGAUCGCCAAGAUUACCAUCAAUCGUCCAGAAAGAAGAAAUGCUUUUCGGCCUCAUACAAUAAAGGAACUUAUGCAUGCAUUUAAUGACGCUAGGGAUGAUAGCCAUGUGGGAGUAAUCAUCCUAACAGGGAAGGGAACAAAGGCUUUUUGUAGUGGUGGUGAUCAAGCUUUAAGAAGUUCUGAUGGAUAUGCUGAUUUUGAGAGCUUUGGCCGUCUUAAUGUUUUGGAUCUUCAGGUACAAAUACGCCGCCUUCCUAAGCCAGUCAUAGCAAUGGUAGCAGGUUAUGCUGUUGGUGGUGGGCACGUAUUACAUAUGGUCUGUGAUCUAACAAUCGCAGCUGAUAAUGCUGUUUUUGGACAAACUGGACCGAAGGUGGGAAGUUUUGAUGCCGGCUAUGGAUCCUCCAUUAUGUCUCGCUUGAUAGGACCCAAGAAAGCACGUGAAAUGUGGUUCUUAUCACGUUUUUAUGAUGCUUAUGAGGCAGAGAAAAUGGGACUUGUGAACAUUGUAGUGCCGCUUGAGAAAUUAGAACAGGAAACUGUGAAAUGGUCCAGAGAGAUCUUAAGGAACAGCCCAACAGCGAUUCGGGUACUGAAAUCUGCUCUUAAUGCAGUAGACGAUGGCCAUGCUGGGCUCCAGGACCUGGGUGGCAAUGCCACUCUCAUAUUUUAUGGCACUGAAGAGGCUAAAGAAGGGAAGGAAGCAUAUGUGGAACGCAGACGUCCUGACUUUUCAAAAUUUCCAAGGAGACCUUGACAAAAUAAUUCUUACAUCACUCAAAUGUUGUACCCUUAUGUUAUUAUACAUGUGAUUUAGUACAAUUGCAUAUAUCCAAUUAAGCAUGCCCCUUACCUCUGUAAACAAGCUUAAAUAUGAGAAUACAUCCUGUGUCAGAGUAUAUUGUAAUUCACCAUGUUCUAUUAAAUUCAAAAGGCUGUGAAAAAUCAUCAGACAGCCCAAUUUACAAGAGCUAAAA